ACCCUCACCACUGGAAGAGAAGUAUAUAUAUUUAGAUGGGAACAGCCUCACAACUGGUGAUCUGGUCAGUUUGGGAAAAGGGGUCUUUAAGAUCAAGCUUAGUCCCGAGGCAGAAAAACGCGUCACUGGAGCAAGAGAGAUUAUCGAGAAGAUCUUAUCUGAAAAUAAAGUGGUUUAUGGAGUCAACACAGGAUUUGGUAAAUUUGCACAGACCGUCGUGGGAAAAGAUCAACUCAUAGUGUUGCAGGAAAAUCUGAUUCGUUCCCACAGUGCUGGAGUUGGAGCUCCACUCAGUCCUAAAAGAACCCGGAUGCUUCUUGCACUUAGGAUUAAUGUCUUAGCCAAAGGCCAUAGUGGUGUUUCCUUGGAGACUCUUCAAAAAAUGGUGGCAGCCUUUAAUGCCUCAUGUCUCUCCUGGGUUCCUGAGCAAGGGACAGUGGGGGCAAGUGGAGACCUGGCCCCUCUAGCUCACCUGGCACUGGGGCUGAUGGGAGAGGGACGCAUGUGGUCACCACAGACCGGCUGGACUGACGCCACAACAGUACUAGAAGGCCAUGGUCUGACCCCAAUAUCACUGAAACCCAAAGAGGGACUUUCUCUGAUUAACGGGACUCAGAUGAUAUCAUCGCUGGGUGCUGAGGCAGUAGAGAGAGCAGAAGCGAUCACCCGACAGGCUGAUGUCAUCGCUGCUCUCACUUUAGAGACCCUGAAGGGAACCAACAAAGCCUUUGACACUGAUGUCCAUUUGGUGCGGCCUCACCUGGGACAGAUUUUAGUUGCCCAGAGACUUCGCUUGCUGCUUCAUUCCGAAAUCUUUCCCUCAGAAAUCACAGAUGAGAAUUCUUACAAUAGAGUUCAGGAUGCCUACACACUCCGAUGUUGCCCUCAGGUGCAUGGAAUAGUCAAUGACACGAUCACAUUUGUGAAGAAUAUUCUUAACACAGAGAUAAACAGUGCUACCGAUAAUCCUUUGGUCUUUUCAGAACGAGGAAUUACUAUUUCAGGAGGAAACUUCCAUGGUGAAUAUCCUGCUAAGGCUCUGGACUUCCUGGCUAUAGGAGUGCACGAGCUGGCCAGUAUUAGUGAGCGGCGCAUCGAGAGGCUCUGUAAUCCCUCACUCAGUAAUCUCCCAGCCUUCCUGGUGAAAGAAGGAGGAUUAAAUUCAGGCUUUAUGGUGGUUCAUUGUACUGCUGCUGCCCUUGUAUCAGAGAACAAGGUGCUGUGUCACCCGGCCUCUGUGGACUCUCUGUCCACUAGUGCAGCUACAGAGGACCAUGUCUCUAUGGGUGGCUGGGCAGCCAGAAAGGCCCUGAAGGUGGUCGAGCAUGUGGAGCAGGUCCUUGCCAUAGAGUUACUCGCUGCCUGCCAGGCUCUGGAGUUCCACCGACCUUUAAAGACCACGGCACCUCUGGAGAAGGUCUAUCAGCUCGUGCGCUCUGUAGUCAGGUGA